CUUGUCCUUUCUUACUCAAGUUGCCAUCUUUUUGACCCUCUCUCUCAACUUUGUAACUUGGACCAAAAUAUUCCAAACUCUCUCUGCAUUCAUCAUCUUCUUUUCUACAUUGUCUCCAAAUCAAAAACCAGAGAUUCUUCACUCCCUUGAGGGUGUAUAUAUAAUCUUGAAGAUGAAACUUCUCUGUCUGAAGUGACUUUGUUGAGUCAAAUUUGUUAGUAUUUCAUUUCACAUUCACAUUUCAUCUCAUAAAAGUCACACCUUUUGUUCAGAAAAGACAGUAAUGGCUCAACAGGAAGAAGGGUGGCCAUUGGGAUUGAGAUUAUUGAAUUCUAGAAUUGGGGUGGCGAGGAAUGGUGAUUUUUCUGGAUCAGUCUCAUUUAGCACUGUGCUUUCAGCUGAUUCUCCCACACUUUCAACUUAUUCUUCAUCAGAUCUUGACACUCAGUCCACAGGAUCAUUCUUCCAUGACAAGAGCAUUACACUAGGCAGCCUCAUUCGAAUCUCGAGCUUCCUAGAACUCUCAAGAAGAUCAAGCAGGGGAAGAGUGAUGGAAAAUUCAAAGGACAACAAGAAGAAUCACAAACAGAAGCCUUGGUUGUUUUCGCUUUGUUCAAAUCUAUGCACCGAUGCAGUGAUUGGUAACGAUGCUCACUCUCUUGGUCAUUACCUUGAAGCCGAGAGAAAAGCCGCAACUUCUUACAGAAGGAAUCAAUGUCCUACAAGCUAUAAUAUUCCAAAUCGUUUUUCACCUAUUCAAGACCCGAACUCGCUCAUUGUUGGAAGCCAAGUCGAUCACCGAGAUUGAAGGAUAGAAUUAGACGCCAAUAGUCUUCUCUAGUUAGUGUGGAUAAUAACUCAAUAAAUGAUGAUCCUUGUUUCUCAUUUUAGUAUAUUUCACUUAGGAUCGUGGUAUUAAAUUGUGCUUGCAGUCGCGGUUGCUGUUAGGAUGCGAAUCUUUAUACUGUGGUAAAAUUCAGCCGAUGCGACCAAGAUUGCAGUUGCAACAUGUUGCAGAAGCCUUAUCGCGCUUUGUACUAUGGUUGUCCUACUCUGAUAGUUAUUAUAAGCAAAUAAUUAAUGUAUCUAUUCUAUAUUUAGAUGAGAUACAAAUUAUUCAAUAAAUCUAAAAAUGUAAUCUUUGUUUAUAAUAGUGACAGUAUGAACAUAGAUAUGUUUCUAGA